AUUUCGCAGCGGUUCAAUUUUGAAAUUGGACGAGAAAGAGCAAAAAAAUUAUUAAUGUUUUGUAUGUGUGUGCGCGCAUAAGAGUGCGUGUGAGUGUGUUAAGGAGGAUGGAAUCCAACAAUCUGGGAUAAGCUUCAGAUUUAGACAAGGUCUGGUUGGGAAUGGACGUCGUUAUGCUCAUACUAAAUAUAGACUUGUAGCCGCGCAUUUGAUUAUGUUGGUAGUUUUUUGUCGUACACGAAAAGACAAAUUUGCGAUGUGUAUAAGAGAGUAGUGUGAGGUGGUUUGGAGAAAAUUGGAAUAUACCACGAAGAAGAAGCAAAAAAAACAGAAUUAAUAAAAAAAAAAGUGGAGCAACUUCCGGACAUGCUGACGGGGAAGGUGUAGGGAAAGACCAAAAAUGAGCAUGCAUCUGUAUCCUAUGGGCAAAGGGGAUCCCCUUUGCCCAUUGGGUUUCCAUCCCCAAGUCAGGUGGCCCACGCGAUGUAAACGAUGUUUCAGAGAUUACAAGGAGCACGGCGGUAAGAGGAGAGACUUGGAUAUGAGGAAGGACGAUACCACAGCUUCGACGCCUAGCUUAGGUACCUACAACUCGAGCGAAGGCAGGAGGAGUUGGGCGUCCAGCACCAACCUCGAUCAGGAUAAAAAGGAUGCGGAGGAGGCAUUCAAGAAGAACCCUUCCUCAUGGACGUCCACUCCAGACUUGGCGAAUCUCGAGGACGACACCCAAGCUAACAUUCCCACUGUUAGCCUGACGUUGCCUCUUCGAAAGAAGAUCCCUCCGGAUACCGGCCAACCUUUAGCCGGUAUGCAAGCCAGAUCCGAGAAGGCGACAGUAUUCAAUAAAAGCGAUAGCCUGGCAACGAGGAUGAAGAAGCUCCAAUCGCUGAGAGAGUCUUCGCAAGAAAAGGCAAAGAGAAUACACAUCAAAGAGAUUAAACCGGCUGAGGUGGAAUCGUCGAACGACGUACAAUUUCUGAUCCAAGUGAAAAACAAAUCGCCUAGGAACAAUGGUAACUAUCGAUCCGACAGUGUGGAUAUGGAUGAUGAUGAUACAGUAAGUAUGGCUGGAACCGAGACCACCGAUUCCACGACUUUAGUAGAUCACAACGAGUUCGAAUUGAAGCAUCAAUUAGAUGCUGUAAAACAGGAGCUCGAAACUGCUAAGGCUAAAUGCGAACGCCUAGAGAAAGAAAAGAGUAACAUCUUGUUAAGGCGUCUCACCGCAAUGGACACUUCCAAAAUGAAUACAUCCGAAGUUCUCAAACUCCAGCAGAAAGUCAACGAGUUCCAAACGCAAUUGGAUGACUACAAAGACGAGAAGAAAGUACUGAGCUUGAGAGUUAAAGAGCUGGAAGAUGACCUAGAUAAUAGACCAACACCUCAGGCGGCCCAGAAAGUUGCAGAUGAAUUAAGUUCAAAGCUUCUUGCAGCUGAGACCCUUUGUGAGGAGCUCAUGGAUGAGAAUGAAGACAUUAAAAAAGAACUCAGAGAUCUCGAAGACGAAAUGGAAGAAAUGCAAGACCAUUUUAGGGAAGACCAAGCUGACGAAUAUUCAUCGCUGAAGAAGGAGUUAGAGCAGACGACAAAGAAUUGUCGUAUCCUCUCGUUCAAAUUACGAAAGAAUGAACGCAAAACGGAACAGAUGCUUCAAGAGAAAACGGAGGCGGAUAAGAAACUCUCUGAGCUGUCCGGGGGAACACCCACUCAAUACUUAGAGAAAAUCAAGGUCUUGGAGAAAGAUCUACACCUAGCUAACGAAGCCAAUACUAAUCUACAGAAAAAGCUGGAGGAGACCUGUGUCAAGUUAUCCAAGGCGGAAGAGAACAAGCUUCCAUCAAUCUCGAAACGCAAAGCACCGAUGUUGGCAUCUCUAGGAAAGAAUGCUUCUAAUGAUAUGAAAGUAUCUCGUGAAUCUUUAACAAGAGGAGGAUCACAAGAUGAUCCUGUUCAGCUUUUACGAGAUUUGCAAGAUUCUUUAGAGCGCGAAGCUGAUCUACGAGAACAAUUGAAGUUCGCUGAAGAAGAAUCUCAGACAAUGCGCAAGAAAGUUUCAAGGAUUGAAGAUGAUAACGAAUCGUUGGUGCUUCAACUCAAGAAGAUGGCUACAAGAGCGAGACCAAGAAAAUUAACACCAACUAGAGAUGAAAAUAAGGACGAGGAAGACUUAUCCGAUGUGAAGCUUCAAUUGGAGCUCAGCGAACAAGAAACUUCGGUACUCAGGAAGAAACUAGAAGAUACGGAAAGUGACAAUGAUAGACUGAAGAAGAAAACUAAGGAGUUGCAAGAUAAAUUAAUAGCAAAGCCCACAGAGCGAAGGAUUUUAAGCAAAUUUGAUAGGAAUGGUACAAGUAACGAAAAAGUCAAGUCAUUGGAGAACGAGAUGAAUGAGAUACGUAAGAAGUUAAUCGAGAAAGAACGGGAUUGCGAACGACUAGAAGCAGAAAUCAAUCUGUCCAAGAAACGACCGAAAGACUUAAAAUCUAAAUCACAGGAUAUAGAUCAGCAAACAAUUGAUUUGAAGAGACAACUGCAAGUUAUCGAACAGGAAGCUUCUGUAUUCCGAAAUAAAGCUCAAACUUUAGAAGUCGAAAACGAAAAGCUUAUUGCGGACAACAAGCGUUUAGAAUUAUUAAGAGGGACCAAGAAUCUAAAAGCUGACAAGGCUUUAGACAUAUACGUGGAUAAGAUAGCUACUUUAGAAGUUGACUUAGAAGCAGCAGUUAAGAAAAUUAAGGAUUUAGAAGAGAAGAGACCUAUUAAGGCACCGAAUGGAGAUGUAGCUAGCUCCAAACAAAUGAAGCUUAUGGAAAAAGAACGUGAUAAGCUACAGAAUAUUUUGAAUAAACUCAAGGAGGGUAGUACGAAAACUUUAAAGAACCGAAAAGUUCAUACACCAACUGAUAUUACCACUAAGGUUCAAUUGAGAACUAUGGUUAAUGAUUUAGAGAAUGAAAUAAGUGCAAUUUUAUUAACACUUGAGAAAGUAGAAACCAACAAAGAUAAAUUAGAGGAAGAACUAUCUAGGACACUAAAAGGAACCAAGGAAACAGUAAACAAAGAACUAGAAGAUCUAUCUAAGAAGCUUGAAACUUCUGAGAAGGAGCUAAUAAAAUCCAAAAACAUGUUCGACGAUUUGAACAGAAAAUUAUCGAUCAUCAAUGAAGAGAGAGAUUCUCUGAAACAAGAAACCUCAAAGAUGAAGUCUGAACGUGACAAGAUCUUAUCAGAUAAAAAGAAGACUGAAGAGGAAUUGAUAUCCGAAACCUCUGCUUUUAAAGAAUCAAAGAAAGAACUGGCUGAACUUAAAGAUCUCGUGGAGCAUUUGAAACGAGAUACUGAUAAGAAAGAAAACGAAUUGCGAAAGCUGAGGGAAGAGAUUGAGGAGAAAAAUAAGUUGGUCAAAGAGGUAAGAGGUCAGAAUGCUCCCACACUAUCCCAGAUAAUGUAUACGAAAUUUCAGCUGACGCAAAAAACUAAAAAGAUAACAGAUUUGCAAACCCAGCUUAAAGAGAUCGAAGAAGAAAACAAAAAGAGUGAUAAUUUUAAUAAAUUAAAAAUUAAACAAUUGGAACAUUCUCUCGACGAGGAAAAGCGAAAACUCAAAGAUAAAGAUUCCAAACAUUUGGAGCUCUCUGCGGAAUGGACAAACAAGCUCGAAACACUCUCUUCAGAUUCUAAGAGUCUCACCUUCAAAAUUGAACAACUUGAAACCACUAUUGCAUCCAAGAAUCUCCUCAUUGAGAGAUUAGAAAAAUCUUCGCAGGUGAAAGUAUCCGAGACCAAAGAGCUAAAGAACAUGCAAGAUGAAAUAUCACAAUUGAAAUUACAAUUAACUGAUUAUGAAAACAAAUGUAAAAUCGCGGAGAAGUCAGCCAAGUCAACUGAAGAAAAGUUAAAGAAGAACCAGAGCAACUUCCAAACUGAGAAAUCAGCAUUAGAGAAGAAAUCCGCCGAGUUGGAUAUUGAUUUACAGAAUGAAAAGAAGAAGCUACAGGUUAUAAAAACUACUCUAGAGAAGGAGCAGAAAAACCGUGAUUUAGAAUUGACGGCGUUAAAGAACAAAAUUAAGAAUGUAGAGAUGAACUCAGGUGUUGGUAAUAAGAAGAUCACUGAGAUCAGACAAGAAUAUCAAGACAAAUUAGAUAAAUUGGAGAAGGAAAUUAGCAAAGAAAGGAAAGAGUAUGAAAAUUUGACAGCUAAAUACGAGGUUCUAGAAGAAGAACAUGUUGUUACAAAAGCUAAGUUAGUAACUGAAAAGGAAUCCCUUAGUAGUCAACUAAUGUGUGUAAGAAGAGAAUUGGAAAAAGUUGAAGAAGAUUCUGAAAUAGAAAAAGAUGCAUUAGUAAUGAAAUACGAAGCACUCAUGAAAGUUAAGAAUGAAUUAGCAGAAAAGAUUAGCAAGAAUGGAAAUGGAGAUUUGGAGAAAGUUCGUCUAAAAUCCUCAUUGGAAGAGCGUCAAUCUGAAUUAGAUCAAUUGAAAAAAGAAUACGAAGUUAUUAAUGAUCAAAUGGAAUACAUGAGGCGAGAAAACGAAGAACUUAGAAAAAAAUUGGAUGAUUUCGAUAAAGUACAUAAAAUUCAAAGAAAUAUUAGCGCUGAUAGCUCUGCUAUGGGUGUAGAAAUUAGAGAGUUAAAAGCCAGAUUGGCAAGUGUCGAAAAAUCCAAGAAAGGUGAUUUAACGGAGUUGAAGAUGCGAUAUGAAAGUCAAAUCACUAUCUUAAAUGAAGAAAUGCAAUCUUUGCAUACUCAAGUUUCAAGGUUUAAACGUGAAAGAGAUACCUACAAGCAUAUGCUUGAGAGCGCUCAAAAGACCAUUGGAGAUCUGAAGAUGAAUCCUGCUAAAGCCAAGGAAAAAAGGAAUUCUUUUGGUUACGAUGAAGUGGAGGAACAAAAGUCUAAAAUAGCAGGUUUGGAGCAACAAAUAAGCUGCAUGGAGGAUGAGCUUUCUGAAUCCAGAUUGGAAUCUUCAAAACUAAAAACUGAACUUGUCUCUGAACGUUCGUCGUGGGAAGUUAAAGUAUCUGAGUUAAACUCAAGGGUUAAUGAGUUAGAAGAGGAGAAGAUUUUAAGCAGCGGCAGAACAAAGAUUGCUGGUUUAAGAACGCGCAUGGAGUUAUCUUGGCAGAAGGAGCGAGAAGAACAGCAAAGAUUACUACAAGAAACAGCAACGUUGGCGAGAGACUUACGGCAAACUUUGUUUGAAGUAGAGCGUGAAAGAGAUAAAGAAGUUUUAGAAGCUAAACGGAAAAUGGAUCAAACUAAAAAGACUUUGGAGGAAGAACAAGAUGAGAACAAAAAGAAGCUUACGGAACUGCAAUGCGAUUUUAUGGAGUUACGAGAUGCGCAUGCAAAACUACGGACGACGAAUGAAAAGCUUCGAAGAGAAAAGGAAAGGCACGAAAGGGAGAGGGAAGAAAUGAAGUUUAUGAUUAAUGGAAAGAAGAGGGUGGAGCAGGAGGAUCUGAGGCGUGUCAAUACUUUGGUUCAGCAGGUAGAAAACUUACUACAAUUAGUGCCAGAGUUGUUAAGAGGCAAGGAGAAAGAUCCUUCAACAUAUACACCAACCCCACCUAAGCGAACCAAGUCGAAGUCAAGAGAGAGUUCUCCUGGUAUGGAGCGCAAGGAUUACAGCAGAGAAUCCUCAAUAAUUCGUGAAGAUAAACGUACACAAGUGCAAUCGACACUUGAACGUCUUGUUGAUGCUACGGAUGAACUGAAGCGUUUCCAAAGAUUAAGCGAGGAGGAUCGCGAAAGGGAGAGGAUGAAGAGGCAGAUGGGUAUGAGACGAGCGACUUCAACUGAAAAUGAUAAGCUUUCUAAUAACGGAUCAACGCCGAGUAGGAAAUUGGUGCGCAAGGAUAGUAAUUUACAUAGGAAGAGUUUAUCUCUUGAGCAUACAGCUUCGAUGCAAGACCACAAUAUUUGGAAAGGUGAUAGCGAUAGCAUGUCGAGCAUGCAAUCAUUAGAUAUGGGCUCGGAUUUGGACUUCAGAAGGAAAAGAGAUGUUAGUAUGGAUAGCAGGUUGUCAGGAGGAUCGACUCAGAGCGAGGUUGCUGGUGGUGAGAAAAGGAAGAAGAAAGGUCUGAUAGGGAAACUGAAGAAGUUGACUAAAUCGAGGAGCAUCGACGACCAGGACGGCGAUCAUUUUUCCCCGAGCAGACCGCUAUCCUCUAAGCCGAGCUCCAGUAUAGACAUGGCGGAGGACUCGAAAAGCAGUAAAAAGGAUUUGAAGGAACGUAUUACGGGUAUGUUCAGGAGGGCCGGGUCAUCUUCACGUAGCAACAGCGUCGAAAGACACGACACGAGUUCGACGCAGAGACCGCUGAUGAGAAACGGCAGCAACUCCAAUCUUCAGUCUAAAGAUUCCAAUUCGAAGAAGGGUUCUCGGAGUUGAUUUUUAAUAAAAUUAUAAUUCUCGUUGGUACUUUUCAAUGUUAUAUUAUUUUACGUUAUGUUUUUCGUUUCUCUCUACGUAUGGAUACAUUUUUUUGCAUUAUGAAACUAGGAUUAAAAGAAAAAUAUUCA